GACACGCGCGGGGACGCAGAGAAUUUGAAAUUCAAGUCCUUCGAACUGAACCAAGUAACGGCUGGGAACUAUCGUACGGUACAACAUCAGUUUUGUGCGACGAGGUGGAUCAACACCAAAACCCGUUUGUUCUAUUCCACAGCCGUACUCUCGUACAGUACCGCUACUGCAAACAUUCCUGUUGCCAUUGCGAAUCGCAUCGGAUCGUGCCGCCUGACAUUGCCGUGCGGUCUUCCCGAGAUAGGUCAGCAGGCCCGCAAAGACUAACCAGCCAUCCAACGAAUCACCAUGACGGCUUCCAAGCGAAAGAACGAGAACGUGGACUACGUCACCCACGAGCUGACCAAAAUGGUGAUUGUAAACGACAGCAACCACCAAGAAAACGAAAACGAAAACGAACAAGGACCCCCCAACCAGGGCGUCCACCCGACGGCGAGGACGCCGAUGGAGCGAAUGAAACUCCUCCGCGAAAGGUGGGGAGCGGCCGGGGGGCCUUUCGCCGUUGGCGCUUCGGAGGGCGGAAGGGACGACGAGAUCGCCCUGGCCAUCGGCUCUUUCCUGGAGGGCGGCGCGGCCGAGGAGGAGAGAGAGUCCGAAAUGCUCGGGCGGGCCGAAGAAGUCCGGGCCGGGCUGGCCCACCAGAUCCAGCGGGCCAGGGAGCUCUACCGGGAGGAAUCCAGCGACCUCUCGGACCUGUCCAGAGAACUCGGCGGCCUCAAGGAGGAAAAAAAGGCGCUGCUGCGGGAGAUCGACGAACUCGAAAGCCGCCAGCGCGCCUCGCAGGAAAACAUCGCCGUUUACCAGGCGGAAGCGGCGCAGGAGCUGGACGAGAUCAUGGACGUGGAAGAACAACGAAAGCAGCACGUCCCCCGGUUGAAGAUGACCAUCUCCCUCUUUGCCUCGACGACGGGCAUCAAGUGGGACUUUUGCGACCCCGAUCUGCUGUCGGGCCAGGUGGUGCGUGCUUCUUUUGUCGCUUGGUUUGUUUCCGGCCUUUUGCCGCAUGGUUUGCGCCCAUUGGGUCGUUUCAAAAACCAAUCGCAUCUCAUGUUUUUUGUAUUGUCUUUUGUCUUGUAUGGCGCGAUGGAAUAAUCGAUGGAAUGGACUUGCAGGCUGUGCCUUCCCAGAAUUCCUUCAAGCUCUUUAGCAUUGAUCCGAGAGAUUAUUCGCCGGUGGAAACGGCAAACAUUUUGUGGGGCUUGAUGGAUGGGGUGGAGCCCCAGUAACCUUGUUUUCAUGCAUGUAUGUUUUGGCUGCAUCUGAGACGGGGUAAUCAUAUUAGAAAGAUGCCGCAUCGUGCAAACGUUGUUGUUUUCAACACUCAAUAGUGGUUUUGUUUGUAAAAAAAUAUUCUGGUGUCUCUGUUGCGAUGAUUCAUCAGUACUGAUGCCCACCAACUUGAUGUUUUUUUAUUUUUGGCUUCCGUGGCGCUAGGCAGUUGCGAUGGUUGCCCCUGCAACUGCUACGGUAUUUUGCGAGUGAGAAAUAUAUUUUACAGGUAUAC